CACCAGCAGCCAACCAGUCAGGCCCAAGCAGCGGGGAAGAAACGCCUGGGGGCGAGUGAGCUCGGUCCCGGAGUCCCCCGUCUGGGUCGCCAGCCCCGCCCCGGGCCGGUAUAUCCUGCCCUCCCCGGCCACCCACCCCUCGUGGAAGCCGAGCGGCGGCCUUGCUGAAACGCGGAGGCGAAAUGUAGCGAGCCGGGUGUCGCGCCUGGACGCUCGCCUUGGCUGGGGGUUUGGGGAGGGGAGGCACGCCGAGAAGGACCGCCGAGGAGGAGGAGUGAUGAGAAGAGGGGGUACCCAGCACCCCCCGAGACCACGGGCCCCUGCCGCCACACGCCAGCCGCCCCCCUUCCUCCCACGCGAGGGGCAGCUGUUCCACACAGGUCCCCGUGACUUUAAGGACCAGGGAUUAGGAGCGGUACAAGGUCUUCCCAGGAAGGGAGAUUUCUGGAAGAGAAAGGAAAGACGGCAGACUCUGCCCUGGGAUCAGCAGAGCCAGAAGAGCUGCGGGAAACUGAAGGACCCCAGCUGCAGGAGUGGGAGGGAGUCACAGCCCCAGGCUUAGCCUGGGUUCUGAAAGAUUUCAAUUCAAGCUACUUUUCCUGAAAGAGGGGCCACUUCACAGGGUAUCCCAGACCUGCCUGGGAUCCACUACUCUGGAUGCCCUCUCUGAGACGCCUGCUGCUGAGAACCAAAGAAGAUAAGAGGCCAGAUAAAUUUCCCCCAAGCACAUUGCAGGCCGGUUGGAGUCAGGCAUCUGCACCCCUGGUGGCUGGCUGCUGUGCCUGGUGAGGAGUUGCUUGUUUCCCUCCAGCUUGCAGCUUCAGUACUUGAUGGGGCUGCCCGUUGGUGGAUCAGUUUUUGCAGCAUCUGGUGGGAGUGGAGAGCCGUGGGGAGAGGUCCUGCGGCACCCAAGCCUGGGCUCACCCCAAGACUAAGUUCUCUCCUGAGUUAGAGAGGGAGAGAGAGAGAGCGAAAAAAGAGAGUUCCCCCUUCCCCUCCUCCCUACCCGUCAUGUCCUCCAAGCCGGAGUCAAAGGACGUCCACCAGCUCAACGGGACUGGCCCCACUGCCUUGCCCUGCUCUUCAGAUGGCCCCGGGUGCGAGCCUUUGGCCGGGACCUCGGAGUUCCUGGGGACUGAUGGGGCUGGGGUGGAGGUGGUAGUGAUUGAGUCUCGGGCCAAUGCCAAGGGGGUUCGGGAGGAGGACGCCCUGCUGGAGAAUGGGAGCCAGAGCAAUGAAAGUGACGACGUCAGCACAGACCAUGGCCCCACACCACCCUCCCCACUCAAGGAGACCUCCUUUUCCAUCGGGCUGCAAGUGCUGUUUCCCUUCCUCCUGGCAGGCUUUGGGACUGUGGCUGCAGGCAUGGUGCUGGACAUUGUGCAGCACUGGGAAGUCUUCCAGAAGGUGACAGAGGUCUUCAUCCUGGUACCUGCACUGCUGGGGCUAAAGGGGAACCUGGAAAUGACCCUGGCAUCGAGGCUCUCCACUGCCGCCAACAUCGGGCACAUGGACACACCCAAGGAGCUCUGGCGGAUGAUCACCGGGAACAUGGCCCUCAUCCAGGUGCAGGCCACAGUGGUGGGUUUCCUGGCAUCCAUUGCAGCCGUCGUCUUCGGCUGGAUCCCUGAUGGCCACUUCAGCAUCCCGCACGCCUUCCUGCUCUGUGCCAGCAGCGUGGCUACUGCCUUCAUUGCCUCCCUGGUACUGGGUAUGAUCAUGAUUGGGGUCAUCAUUGGCUCUCGCAAGAUUGGGAUCAACCCAGACAAUGUGGCCACGCCCAUUGCCGCCAGCCUGGGCGACCUCAUCACCUUGGCCUUGCUCUCAGGCAUCAGCUGGGGACUCUACCUGGAGCGGGAUGGCUGGCACUACAUCUACCCCCUGGUGUGUGCCUUCUUCGUGGCCCUGCUGCCUGUCUGGGUGAUGCUGGCCCGACGGAGCCCAGCCACCAGGGAGGUGUUGUACUCAGGCUGGGAGCCUGUCGUCAUUGCCAUGGCCAUCAGCAGUGUGGGAGGCCUUAUCUUGGACAAGACUGUCUCAGACCCCAACUUUGCAGGGAUGGCUGUCUUCACUCCUGUGAUAAAUGGAGUUGGGGGCAAUCUGGUGGCAGUCCAGGCCAGCCGCAUUUCCACCUUCCUACACAUGAAUGGGAUGCCGGGGGAGAACUCUGAGCAAGCUCCUCGCCGCUGCCCCAGUCCUUGUACCACCUUCUUCAGCCGUGAUGUGAAUUCUCGCUCGGCCCGGGUCCUCUUCCUUCUUGUGGUUCCGGGACACCUAGUGUUUCUCUACACCAUCAGCUGUAUGCAGGGCGGGCACACCACCCUCACACUCAUCUUCAUCAUCUUCUACAUGACAGCUGCACUGCUCCAGGUGCUGAUUCUCCUGUACAUCGCAGACUGGAUGGUACACUGGAUGUGGGGUCGGGGCCUGGACCCAGACAACUUCUCCAUCCCAUAUUUGACAGCUCUGGGGGAUCUGCUUGGCACUGGGCUCCUAGCACUCAGCUUCCAUGUCCUUUGGCUCAUUGGGGACCGAGACACAGAUGUCGGGGACUAGUCUGGUCACUCAACCCCACCCCUCUGCACUUUCUAUUUGAAUUUUUUCUUUUGUUCCCCUCCCUUUUACCCAACCCCAUACUCCCAUCUCUUUCUAUGACUUCCCUUUGAUACUGAAUUCUCAUUAUUUUCAAUGGGAAUUUUUAUACAUUGAGCCAAGUUUGUAUAGCAAGAAUUCAGGAAGGACAGAUGGACUGAGACAAGCAGUGCAAGUAGAUUUUUGAGAUAAUCACCAAGUGCAAUUUCAUGGUGGGUGCCUCCAAGUAGCCUGGAGUGGGGAGUGUCUGUCUGGGAUCUGGGGACACUUUGUUUAGCAACCACAGUCUUGGACCCAGUGAGAAACCCUUUGUGAGUAGGCUCUGUCAUUUUUGUUUGUUUGUUUUGUGUUUGUGUUCUGUUUUAUUUUCUUUCUU